UGCUGGGAAGCAAAAGUUCAAGUCACCGGCUGCUCGGCUGUAUUUCACCCACUCCAAGUCAUCUGUAACUCACCUGGCCGACAUGUACAGCUUGAUGGAACACGAGCUGAAACCAAACGGCCAGCCUCAGACUCAUCAGACCACCGGGAUGUCACCGAUCACCGGCAACCUCACCGGGAGUAUGGGGACCAAUGGGAACUCUCUCCCGAAAACGGCUUGUCCACCUGGAGGCGACCCCAUGGAUAAAGUCAAGAGGCCCAUGAACGCUUUUAUGGUGUGGUCAAGAGGACAGAGGCGGAAGAUGGCCCAGGAGAACCCCAAGAUGCACAACUCCGAGAUCAGUAAGCGACUGGGAGCCGAGUGGAAACUUCUGACCGAUGCUGAGAAGCGGCCGUUCAUCGACGAGGCCAAGAGACUCCGGGCCGUCCACAUGAAGGAGUACCCCGACUACAAAUACAAACCCCGCCGCAAAACCAAGCCGCUGCUGAAGAAGGACGCGCAGGUGGGCAAAUAUCCGCUGUCAGCAGGGAACCUACUGACGGCAGCGGCCCAGAACCAAGGCGGCAGUCCCCGGAUGGAGGGCUACGGCUGGGCUCCCACCGGGGGCUACACUGGCAUGCAGAACGAGGCGCUCAGCUACACGCAGCAGCUGCACCGGUACGACCUGUCCGCCCUCCAGUACCCGCCCGCGAUGACGGCGGCGCAGACGUACAUGAGCGGAGCCAACUCCUACAGUCCCAUGUCAUACAGCAGCAGUCCGCAGCAGCUGAGCCCGGUGAACAUGCCCAUGGUGAAGGCAGAACCGGUGGCCCAUUCGCCCUCAACAGGAACGCCGAACCACCACCGAGGGGCUUUGCAGGGGGAUCUCAGGGACAUGAUCAGCAUGUACAUUCCUGGACCUGGAGGGGAUUCCUCCGAUCCUGCGACUGCACAGAGGGGCUACACCAGUGUCCAGCAGCACUAUCUCAGUGGAACGGUGCCACUUACGCACAUUUAGGACAGAAGUGGGAAUCCUGGGGUGGGAUUGGGAAUGAGAAAAGCAGCCGAUGCACAGGGACUUGAACAAGAGAAUGAGGUGAGGAGUCCUACAGGACGGAGCUAGACCAUUGUAGCUGGUGCAUGUUUUAACCUCAGUCGUUGGGUUUUGGGCUAUUUGACAAAAUAUCCCUUUAUGAGUCUUAGGUUAACGUUCCAGCUUGUUGACAGACGUGACCAGCACACACCAUCCCUCCCUAGUUGCUUGCGGGUUCAGGGCUUACCACUUUGGCUCCCUGGUACAGAGUGCAAGGCUAACCUUUCCCAGCCUCUGUGGUCUUCAUGACUCAUUGUGGACAAUCACUGGUUGACUGCACUUAUUACAAAAGGUUUAACAUGUGCCCUGCAGCCCAGAAUUUUUUGCCACAGAGUCAUUCUUCAAAAAAAAAAAAAACAAACAAAAAAAACCCCGCACAAAUGGAGAUGAGCUUUGGAACCUCCUCCCCCACCACCACUCCCUCAUUUGAUGUCAUUAACUGUUACUGGGGCUAUGAUGAUUCAGAGGCAGAAAAAAUGCACAACUUUUAAAAUCUUGUUAACUUUGUGCACUGGAUUUGGCUUUCCGCUUCUUUCUCCCUUUUUAGAUUUUUCCCAGUUGAAGUCUUGUGUGCUGACGCACCUGUUGGACAAUCGGCACCGGAUCUACAGGAAACCAAGAACAUUCUGAGUUCCAUCUGUGUGUGUCUGAAACAUGGAGCAGGUCCUUGUUCACAUCAAAUCAAUUGAUUCCACUUUUGAAUUUGAGAUGUUUUGUUAUUUUCUGCGUUUGAAUUUUAUUUGCCGUUAGUUUUUUCCUUUUCUUUUUUUUUAGAAUCAUUCUCUGCAUGUAAAUAUCCAUUGUUGUACCAGUGUUAUCACUUUCCUCUGGGCUGGAGUUAAAACAUUUCGGAGAAGUCAUAUUUCUGUUAGUAUAGAAUAAAAGGCUGGACAAACCUCUCUCCUUAAAAAAAAAAAAAAGAUUAAUCAGUUACUAUAUAUAUAUAUUUUGUUUUCCAUCAUUUUUCUAUGAAGUGGAGGUUGUUUCUGGCAGAGCUGGAGUCCGAUCAGCUUGCACACACAGGAUGUUGAAUGUGGUUAAAACACUUCUGCUGGAAACCAAGCAGACACUGGGAAUUAAUACCAAAAGUGUUUGAAAAUCACUUCUGUUACACUAAUAUCUGAAUGUUUACAUUACUACCCACGUAUAUUAAAAGGUAACUUUUAUACUGAAUACUUUGUAGAGUAUGUGUAAGUGUAUGCAAAUGCUGCAUUGUAGAGUCACAGGAAACACUGUUGUAAAUAUUGUCCAUAUUUUUAGGCUCUAAUGCAGAGUCUUGGUUGCUUUUUGAUUAAAACUCUUUUACGGCA